UGUAUUUAUUAAAUGUAUCUAAAAUGCGACUGUGUGUACUACUACUGCUCGCGUAUCCGGUUCUCUGUGAUAAUGUGACCGAACAGUGUCCAAAUGUGAAGACAUCUUUGGGUAGUAUAAGGAAGAAACGAUAUUUAGUUUUUCCAGAUGGGAGUAGUUUUGUGAUGACAAUUUCCCUGGUAAAAGCGUUCAUGACGCACGUUCCAUCUGGUUGGAACAUAGCUUUGGAAAUCGAUGUGCUUUUUCCGCUACCCGAUGAGAAGUUCUCCAAUGAACAUAGGAGGCGGAAGUAUCAUCGACAAAAGAAAGAUAUCUGGCAACGCAUAGAAAAUGCAUUACAUUAUCAUAACUUCAACGGCCGGGCGUGUGUACUUCGUUGCAUUUGUGAAAGCAAGAGUCACCUAGCACCUCCCGGUGCAUCACUGGUCCAUGAUUUACUGAGAGCUAUUUUUACGGCUCCACUAAAAGAGGAAUAUUCAAACGAGAUCAGUGAUAUGUACAAUGAGAUAUUGGAUCCCAACUUUUGUGAUCAAGUCCACGACUGUCCCUUUUCCAUACUACAUUUUAUAUUAACUUUGAAUAAACGUAAAUAUUAGGAAAUUAUAUUCGUGUCAUAAUGUAUUAAGUUUAUGU